ACUAAAAAUCUUAAAAAUGGAAAUACAGUGGAAUGAUGCCAUUGAAGAUCAUCAUCUUUGAUUCAGUUCAAUUUAUUAGGGCCUAUAGUGUAAUCAUACUUUAUUUAAUCUAAUUGCUUAUUAAAUUCCGGCAGACUGUAUGCCGGUUUUUGGAGGAGGAUCUGUAUUUACAGAUACAAGUGCAGAUUUAGAUUUUAAUGUCUUUCACCAUCCAGUAAUGAGUGAGGUAGAAAAGGUCGAUUUCAACUAUGCAGAUGCAGACAAACAUGAAUUUGAAACAGCAGAGCUGUACAGCUACACUGAAGAUUCUGAAUUUGCUUCAAACCAAGCCUGCUUCGAGGAGCUAGCCAAAGCUCAUGGUUUUGAAAAGUGGACGUCUUUGUCCUAUGAUGAUCAGAUCAGAUUUGUAGUUGGUCUGCAAGAUGACCUUGAGGUGACAGAAAGAGACAAACGUGUUAAAGCUAUUCAAGGACUGUUGUAUCUUGUACAAGGAGUUUUUGGUGAAUGUAAGUCUCAAAACCACAUGUAUGAUGUAAGCAGACGCUGUGUUUUACUGUAUUUGGACCUUGGACUGUACACAUCCCUCGUACAGCUGCUAGCCAUGGAAGUGGAGAACAGUAACUCAGCCCUUCUAGCUUUGAGAAAACCUGCUGUCUCUAUCACAGAUAGUCGAGAGUUGAGAUUUAUUCUUAACAUUCUCUACAUCAUGGUGGAAACUGCUAGAACAGCUGACAUUGAUAAAGACUUGAAUGAUCCAGUUUCACAAAAACUAGUCGAGGCUAGAGAAAUGUUUAAGGAAGAAUUAGUCCAGCCUGUGUUUGGUGAGGACCCACUCUCUGUGCUGCUGUUCACCAUGGUGACCAGGUUCUGUAGUGGCAGUGCCCCACACUACCCCAUGAAGAAAGUUUUACUACUGCUUUGGAAAGUUGUUCUGUUAACCCUGGGUGGUCUGCGUGAGCUGGAGAAAAAGAAGAAUGAAGUGCGUAUAAAACACAACCUUCCCCCACUGAGUGAGGAUAUGUAUACUGUGUGUGAGACCAUGAGGCCAGCAUCACCCCCUGCGUCAGCUGCUGAUCUCAUCGAGCACCAGGUUCCCAGGAGGGGUAUCAGAGCUGGGAAAAGGAGUUUGGUCAAACAGAGCAGUCUGGACGACUCCUUCGAGGCUGGACUGGCCAGAGACGAGGAGGAUGAUUUGAUGGACGGCCUGAAAACAAACAGCGAUGAUGACUCGCCUCCGACACCUCCCCGCCCUGCUACGCCCACUAUAUCACAUAGAAGUUUACCCUGGAAACCUAAAGUCAGAUUAAAAGACUUAGAGAACUUUCUAGAUCACACCAGGCAAAAGUUUGUAGGCUUUGAAGUUAAAAAUGACCACUCCUCACUCGCUGGUCUGCCACACCCCAUCCAUGAGGGAGUGAAAGUACUGAAGCAGCACUUGUACAUCUCACUGUCUGAGGUUCAGAUCAAGAGGGAAGAGGAGAUAGCAAAGAACCCACUGUCACUGCCAGAGACAGAGGUGGAGAAUACACCAGCUGAGCGCCUCUACCACGCCAUGUUGUCUAAUCUACCACAGUACAUGAUUGCUCUACUGAAACUGUUGUUGGCUGCUGCACCUACAUCCAAGGCAAAGACUGAGUCCAUCAAUAUUUUGUCUGAUGUCUUACCUGACGAGAUGCCCACCACAGUUCUGCAGUCCAUGAAACUUGGAAUUGAUGUGAACAGACACAAGGAGAUCAUUGUCAAGGCCAUCUCUGGCCUGCUAUUGCUCCUCCUCAAGCACCUGAAGCUCAACCACAUCUACCAGUUUGAGUUCACUAGCCAGCACCUUGUCUUUGCCAACUGUAUUCCUCUAGUGCUCAAGUUCUUCAAUCAAGAUAUUGUAGCUUAUGUCAAUGCCAAAAAUAGUAUACCAGCCCUGGAUUUCCCAGAAAAUGUUUUAGGUGACCAGCCAGAGCUCACAGCAGAAAAUAUAGAGAGUGGUGACAGCCAGCCCAACUGUUGGAGAAAUAUUUUCUCAUGUAUCAACCUGCUCCGCAUCUUGAAUAAGUUGACCAAGUGGAAGCACUCACGAACAAUGAUGCUUGUUGUGUUCAAGUCAGCCCCCAUUUUGAAACGUGCCCUGAAAGUCCGCCAUCCCAUGAUGCAGCUCUAUAUUCUUAAAUUAUUAAAAAUGCAGACAAAGUAUUUAGGUCGGCAGUGGCGCAAAUCUAACAUGAAAACUAUGUCUGCUAUUUAUCAAAAAGUUCGGCAUCGUCUAGGCGAUGAUUGGGCUUAUGGCAAUGAUAUGGACGCCAGACCUUGGGACUUCCAGGCUGAGGAGUGUGCAUUACGAGCUUGUGUUGAUAGAUUUAACAACCGGCGCUACACCAGCGGGGGGUGCGCGGAGCCAGACUUCAGGCCUGUGGACAACAACAUCCUCAGCCUGCUGGGCCAAAAUAUUGAGCUCAGUCCAGAGUUCAAAGUUCACUACGAGCGCUGGCUCCACAUGGAGGUGUACUCCAGACAGAUAGACUGGGACCAAGUAAUGCUGUCAUGAGAGACCUCUUGUAGGAUUACAUCACCAGCCAUCAGGUGGCCGUGUUCACUAGGUUGUACCACAGCACUCUAUCAACACUACACAUAAUAAAUGUACUCUAGCCAACUGCAAUAAUGAAACUUGGUCACUCAGUUUUCUUGUAUGAUAUUGUAAUAUUUACCUGUGCAUUGUCUUUUGUUAUGUUCUUUUAACUAAAAAAUUGAUUUGUAUUAUUUCAUGUUAGUCUGCCUUUGAUUUAAUAAAUUAUUUCAUGACCAACAGUAAAAAUAGCAAACAUCAAGUUUUUAAUUUUAAACAUCCUAUACAAAACUGACUUGUGUAUAUUUUUAUUUAAUUAUUCAAUGUUAAACUUUAUUUCUUACGCUGUUUGUGAUAGGUUGGUCAAUGUCACUAUUCUUCUCUCUGAAUCUCACAGAUAUUGUCACUUAACUUUAGGGGGAGAGGGAGGGGCGCUCUUCGAAUGUUAUACAUUGGGCAAUGUGUGACUGACUAAUGAAAUGAUGCAACUUUUUAAUUGUGUGAAUAAACCAAUUUCAAUAACAGCUUGUUAUAAUUACACCAGCAUGAGUAACAAUUUCUCCAACAAAACCACAAAAUGGAUGUAAUAGAUUGUUCAGCAAUGGAUCAACUACUAGUCAAAAGAAAAAAAAUUUGUACAUUGAAAUAAACAUACCUAGAUUCCACUGAAAAAUAUAAAGCAUAAGCUUUCUUUCUAUGAUACACCCAACUUGCUUAAAUAUCAAGUUUGAGAGAAAGUGUAAACAUAGACUUGUAGUUUUUAUAAACAAAAUUUUUAUUUCAAACCCACCCCCUCGGUUCUGAUCUGAGACCAAGUGUUAGUUUGUAAUAUUUAAAACAAUAUAACAAAAGAUUUACACAGUAAAUAAUUUUUGUUGCUGUUCAUAUGGUCUUGUGAAGUGUAAUGAGUUCGCUUUACAUCUGAUUCAAAGUUUUGGGUGACAUUUGUUUUUGAAUGAGAUGUUUGGUCAAGUGACAAUAAUUUUUUCAUGUAACAGAUGGCGGGUC